AUCAACACAGCGGCGUUGAUCUCGCCCCCCAUUUUCCUCCACCGGACGAAGUAAUGUUGUUGUGAAGCAGAACGGAAACUCCGCAACUCAGAUCGGUCGGCGAUCAGUAGACUAAAGACGAGCGAAGGAAGAGGAUAACAGAAACCCUAACUAGAUUCAAUCCCUCCCCACUUUGAUCUUUUCAAACUGCUAUUUUUAUCUCCCGAUAUUAGCUCACUGGUUCACCACUCAAUUUGAUAACAAUCCAUUCCCCAUCCCCUUCUUUCAGACCAAUUGUUUCCCCCUCUUUUUAGUUCUUGAAUCCAUCUUUCCUCGGUUCUGUACUCGAAUUGAUUUAAUUCGUGAAGGAGCCGAGGAUUCAGUUCGAUAUCGCUUCCAGGUUUUGAUUGUUUUGUGUUAGAUUUAGGGAAUCGAACUUCUUGAUGGAUUCCAAGUUGUAGUGUAGGACAUUGCCCUCGUUUGCUUCUUGUUUCCGCCGGAGCUGAUCCCUGUGAGGGAGGGGCAGCCGAGGGCAAGCCUAGGUUUUUAAUUGGAGCAGAACAAUGGCGUUGGCUGGGAUCGCACUCAAUCCAAUUGGAUAUGAUUCUGCUCUCUCCUUCUUCAAACGGUCGGCUCUUUGCCACCCAGAGCCCAUUCUUGUUUACCUUGCGGUACCUGGUUCGUCCGCGAUCCCCAUGCCGAUCUUCGAAUCGGACUCCAUCUCCUCUGUUAAGCUCCGCAUUCAAAGAAGCAAGAGUUUCAUCAUUAAGAAGCAGAAACUUGUUUUCGAUGGUCGGGAGCUUUCGAGGAACGAUUGCCUUGUAAAGGACUAUCGCGUUUCGGAUGGCAACGUGCUUCACCUCGUCAUCCGAUUUUCUGAUCUUGGGAUUAUUACCGUGAAGACUGUGUGCGGCAAAAAAUUGGAAUUCCAUAUUGAAAAAAACCGCACGGUCGCUUAUGUCAAGCAACAUAUUGCCAAGAGGGGCAAGGAUCUCGUUGAUCUUGAUAGCCAAAAGCUAUGCCAUGAUGACAAGGAGCUCGAUGAUCACUUGUUGAUUCAGGAUAUCUGUAAAUCUAAUAAUGCCGUGAUUCAUUUGAUCGUGCGCAAGUGCGCUGCAGUCAGGAGUAAACCGAUUGACAAGGACUUGAAGCUUUCGAUAUUGGCUCCAUUUGCAGCUGCAGGAGGAAGAGGCAAGAAAACAGUGAAAAGGGAGGCUUUGAUUGAGCCAUUUGUUGUCAACCCUAAUAUUGUGUUAUCACCCGUAAUCAAGAACCUCAUUCAAUCUGCACUGGCUGGACUAGAGAGGGGGAAUCCCCCAGUGAUGUCCUCCCAAGGUGCGGGCGGUGCGUACUUUUUGCGGGACGCAUCAGGUCAAGAAUUUGUAGCGGUUUUCAAGCCGAUUGAUGAGGAGCCGAGUGCGGAGAACAACCCAAGGGGAUUUCCUGUGUCGUUGGAUGGAAUUGGAUUGAAGAAGGGGACGCGAGUUGGGGAGGGGGCGCUCCGGGAAGUUGCAGCUUAUCUGCUCGACCAUCCGAUCGGCGGGGGGGGGGGGGGUCGGCGGGCGCCGAAGACAAUGUGUGAUGAAUUUGGUUUCUCCGGCGUUCCUCCAACUGCGAUGGUUCGCUGCCUGAGUGGCAGUUUUAAUCAUUCGAAAAGGCUUGAUGGUGUUGCGCAAGAUUUCAAGGUUGGGUCAAUGCAGAUGUAUGUGAAGAAUUGUGGGAGUUGUGAGGAUAUGGGUCCCCGAGCUUUUCCAGUGGAGGAGAUUCAUAAGAUCACUGUGUUGGAUAUACGAUUGGCUAAUGCAGAUAGGCAUGCUGGGAAUAUUUUAUUUUGCAAGGAGGGUGAAGAAAACCGAAUUGUAUUGGUCCCCAUCGAUCAUGGGUAUUGCCUUCCAGAGGAUUUUGAGGACUGCACAUUUGAGUGGCUUGACUGGCCACAAGCUCGUAUCCCUUACAAUGCCGAAACCAUCGAGUACAUAAGAUCGCUAGACAUCGAAGAAGACAUUAAACUUCUCAGGUCUAAUGGCUGGGAAUUGUCGCCUUUGUGCUCCCGAACUCUGCGAAUCUGCACCAUGCUUCUCAAAAAAGGUGCAGAAAGAGGACUCUCUCCUUACGACAUAGGGAGAAUCCUCUGCAGGAAGACGCUCAAGGAAGAAUCGAAGAUCGAGGGUAUGAUCCGCAGAGUGAAGGAAGCCAUUCAUCCUUACGCUGGUGAGUCUACCUUCAUUGAAUCCAUCUCUGAAAUAAUGGACUGUUAUCUUGAUGAGCUUUCUGCUUGAUCAAGUAAUGUUUUAUUGAGCAGAUAUCCGUAUAAAUAUAGAUCAAAUAUAUGUUUGAAGUGCAGUAUGUAUAUUUAUGGAUACAUGGUCUGUGCUCCCCUCUGCUUAGUAUAUAUGUUCAUCCAGUGAUCAUAGAUUAUAGAGGGUAGAAGUGCUUAACCUUUAGCUCUCUUUUUCUGUAUAUGUGUUUUCCUGAAGACUUCAUAGUUCUGAGAGGAUGGAAAACCUUGCAAUCAUUUGCACUGCAGUCACUUGUUUUCAUUGUUGAUUUCUGCGAGUGGAAGUGAGAGUUGAAUAAAAAACUGGGAUUAUUUUAGUUUCUUUCAUUAUUAUUAUUUUUUUUAGUUUUUGGGAUUGUUUUAGUUCUAUUAUGUAAAGUUGUGUAAAUUAUUUCCAGCUAUGUGAUCUG